CAUCACUUUACAUGUCAAGAGUUCUAUUCUGAUCUUGUUGGCUGUCACCGGGAGUCCGUUUGCUUAUCAAAUUCGCUCCCUUUUUUUCGGGAAAAAGGUACACACAUGUGUGCGUAAACAAACUGGCAUUCCUGAAAGCGUUUUCAAUACUAGCAAAGAAGCUGACAGUAUUAUUACAAUAGCAGAUCAACAAAAUGAGGGUAUCAGUCGUCUUGUUGGUUUGCGUGAGUGGAGUUAUCCUAGCACAAGCAGCACACAGUAGUAAAAAAGCCAGCAAAAAAGAUGACAUCUUCUCACCAGAUGAGCUCUCUGAGCUGCACCGCAUCUUCAAACACAACUCAGAUCAGACAGAAGACGAAAUCAAAGCAGCGUUUCCUGUAAUGGGUGCAUUCAAAGAGCAUGAGCUUCUUUCUAGCGACGAUCUAAAAGACAAGUCAGAGUUUACCCAGAAUUCGGAUGACAUUGAGAACGCUGUGCAAUCUGCACUAGCCAAACUGCAUAAGAAGAAAGCCGAGUACGAGGAGGCGAUAGGGGCUAAGAGCGAAAAUGAGAAGUCAGAGUCAAGUUCAGGGGAUAGUGAGUCACCACCUCCCAAGCCACACGUGUCAGCUAAAGAACUCAUUGACGAAGUCGUCAAACAAGAGAUGUCAAAGCAUAAGAAGAAAAACAACGACGGUGACUCGGAAGAGACGGGAACUGCACGCUCAGGAGAAGAAAAGAAAAUCCACCAUAAACUGGCGGAAAUCUCGUACUUAGAGGAGAAGCUGUUUCACCUUAUCCGCGACGUAAAAAAGUAUCUGUUGAAAAAAAAGACUGAGUUACCAGAACACCAUGCGGCAGACGCCAUCGAGGACGACGACAACAUUGACAACAUCUUGCUCUCCAAGAAAAAGAGAAGCGAGAUCCCUCACAUCGGACUUCUGGAGAAGUUCCGCAAGGACCCAAGCCUGGUAGAUAAAUACAUGGACACGAUCUUGAACGAGGAAGACAGUGCGACAGAACAGGGCGAUCAAAGAGACCUGCUGGGCAAGAAAGACAUGGAGUCGGCGCUGCUGAAACAGGCGUGUCCGGGUGAUUUAGACUCCGUACCGAUCUCGCGGCUAGACAGGGAAAGCGAGGACAUGGAAGCAAUGGCAACGGAUAGGGGUAUUGCCAGGGAGGCCUUGGUAGAGUCGCCAUUUUCAGUCUUGGACGUUCAGCAAACGACCGGGAAGAAGUUCAGGCAUAAUCUUAACUAAAACUUUCUGAAUGACAGCAAUUCAGUUUCGUACAAAGGAAUUUACACUUUACAAUUUACAUUUACAAGGGGUAGGUGUUUUUCAAAAGGAGCAUAAGUUUUCCCUUUUAUCGUCAAAAGCGCUGCUAGCAUUAAGUGGAUUUCUCUUUUACACCCAAACUUGCUCAAAAUGUAGUUAGAGGUGUAACCCGUUACCAAGGUUCUUUUUUACAAAGCAGCCAAACUUCAUGUGCCUCUAGGGAUGGCCCGAGUGGGCCAUUUCCAGACAUGUUGCUUAUAAAAAAAAAAAGGAAGAGCAAACAACGACGUUUCUGAAUCCAAAGUGGAUGCAGCAAUUGUCCGUGGAGAAAAUAAUAAUAAAAAAAAAACAGAAGCGGGAUUUUGCCAACGUUUUGGACUUUAUUGAGUCCUUCUCCAGGUUACAUAGUCAGUUACAUCACACGUAAAAUAGUUCUGAACGAUGCGCGCGCUCUAGAAAAUACAUGAGAUGAUUCUUUUUUUUUCUUUUUCUAAGUUAGAAAAAAGGGGAAAUGUACACAUGAAAGUUUGGAUAAUUACGUAUCGUUUCUCUACUUUACUUAAAAGGGGUGGAGGGCAUUAGAGUUCAGAAUACGCCUAGAGUUCUUCCCGCAGGUUGCGACCUCUAGGCGUGACUGUCUGCAGCUUGUUAACCCAGUAUCCUUGGACGUUGAUCGGAUCUUCUGCGCGGGAUACUUUCUUGAUUGUAACACCCUGGAGGCCGCCAGUCCAUUACUCGGGUUGAAAUGGUUGGUCACAGGGUCGCUCUCUCCGUACUUCUGCCAGUUGUUUAUGGUGCACUUGGGGGUGCGGAAACGGGCAUGAAGAGGCUUACUUGUUUCUCCAACGUAUUGUUUCUGGCAACGUUUGCACGCAAUCAAGUACACCACAUUGCAAGUUUUGCAGUUGAGAGCAGUUGUUAUAUUGCUUGUCGGUAGGACACUGUUGUGUGUACAAAAGCACACAUUUCACACCGUUUGUCGCCACAUGGUGUCAUGCCCGGUGGAUCUUUGUUGUCCUGUGGAAGACGUGCCCUUACCAAGAUAUCACGUAGGCUGGGAGUGUGUCUGAAGGCCACCAUUGGAGGUUCUUCUACAAUGUUUCGCAUGCGCUCUGACACCCACAAGAUAGGGAGGGCGUCUCGUAUGAUCUUAUGAACAUUUAUUAAUGCAGGGUGGUAUGCUAGAACCAGGGGAAUUCUGUUGACCUUUUUCUUUUGUUGGCGGGUCUGCGAGGAUCUAGGAAACUGUCAAUGCUCUCGUUGACUAGAACUUUCUGCGUGAUCGAAGAAAGGAAGAGGGUUCAGAGCACCGUUGCUGGUAUGUUUCUGUUCAUCGUUCACAACUGUAUUUAUACGCGUGAUUAACUGACUUUAUGUAACCGUCCGAAACGUUGACGAAAUCUCGCUUCUGUUUUUGUCCUUCAUUUUAUUCAUAAAGCAGCAUUAGGAAAUCCAAAAAUGAACGAUAAAUCCGUUCACAGCAAGGGUACCGGUGAUUAGGUACAGCGGCGUUUCAGUUUGAUAGGGUCUUAAAAAAGACUGAAUGGAAAGGAAGUGGCGAAUUUCUAUUUUUAGUAUAUUUUAUUCAGCAAAUUCUGUUCAAAGUCAAUAUGUAAUAUGAACAUGAGAGCAUCCCCGUAGAUAUAUAGGCUUGAUAGUUGGCUGGUGCAGAUAGAAUGUCUAUAAAACACAGAUCCAGUGUAUGAAAGGUAUGCAAGCGAUUUUCAGCAUUCUGAGAAGUCUUGCCAACUAUUCCUAUACUACUAAUAAAACGGCUUCCGACUGAUGGCAGCUAAAAUGUA